AUGGCUUCCUCGAGUUACUCAGCCAUCAGCCCUGAGCCCAUAGAGGCCGAUCCCAUGGCCUCGAGUUUUGGGUCGCUGAGCGGCAGACGGCGCGGACGCGGCAAGAGACAACUGGGCUAUCUGGGCCAGGCGACGUGGAUUUCGAGUGUCAUCAACCUCGCCAACACCAUUCUGGGUGCUGGUCUCCUCGCCAUGCCCUCGGCGCUCUCGAAAAUGGGCGUCUUCCUCGGCAUCUUCGUCAUCGCGUGGGCAGGCAUGACCGCUGGCUUUGGACUCUACCUCCAGACGCGAUGCGCACGAUAUGUCGACCGCGGCCAUGUGUCAUUUGCGACGCUGUCUCAGCUCACGUACCCGAAUCUGUCCAUUAUAUUCGAUGCUGCCAUUGCCAUCAAGUGCUUCGGAGUGGCCGUUAGCUACCUCAUCAUCAUUGGCGAUCUGAUGCCCGGCGUGGUAAAAGGCUUCGCCCCCGGUGCGGGAGAGAUGACAUUCUUGGUGGACCGCCAAUUUUGGAUCACCGCAUUCAUGCUUAUCGUUAUCCCCUUGUCAUUCUUGCGCCGCCUGGACUCGUUAAAGUAUACCAGUGUCAUUGCACUGUUCUCCAUUGCAUAUCUUGUUAUUCUCGUCGUAGCCCAUUUUAUCAAGGGCGAUACGCUGGCGGAUCGCGGCACCGUCCGUGUCUUUGAGUGGGCAGGCCCAGUCCCAGCACUUGCAGCCUUCCCAGUCAUUGUCUUUGCAUAUACCUGUCACCAAAACAUGUUCUCCAUCCUAAACGAAAUUGCCGACAACUCCCACUUCCGCACCACCACUGUCAUUUUCGCCUCUAUUGGCGGUGCCUGCGGUCUCUACAUCCUCACUGGCAUAACCGGCUACCUCUCCUACGGCGACAACAUCCGCGGUAACAUUGUCUCCAUGUACCCCACCGCCGCCGCCUCCACCAUCGGCCGCCUCGCCAUUGUCAUUCUCGUCAUGUUUUCCUACCCGCUCCAAAUUCACCCCUGCCGCGCCAGCAUCGAAGCCUGUCUAAAAUGGCGCCCUCGCCGCCGCAACACCCCCGACACCAGCCCCUCACGCACCUCCCUCAUGACCACCAACCCCAGCCCCAAGCCCGCCGCCGAAAUGUCCGACCUCCGCUUCGCCAUCAUCUCCACCGUCCUCGUCGUCCUCUCCUUCAUCACCGCCAUGACCGUCUCCAGCCUCGAAAAGGUGCUGGCCUAUGUGGGAUCCACGGGCUCCACCACCAUUAGCUUCAUCCUCCCCGGCCUCUUUUACUACAAGAUUUCCGACCCAGAGUCGCUGCACCACCAGCGCUUGGUCAAGGAUGAAGAUGACGAGGACGAGGGCGCAGAGGGCUAUGUGUCGAGUGAGGGGCAUGGCAAUCGCGAGUGGAGACGCGAAGUGUUGCGCAAGGCUAGUCUGGCCUUGAGUUGUUAUGGCGGCGUGGUCAUGGCUGUCUGUCUGGUUACGAAUACUUUUCUGGUGGCGGGGACGCAUUAA